AUGGGAAAGAGUGCUCUGGAAGUAGCUUUUGGCGAUGAGUAUAACUACAGAGCAGAGACAUUGUGGUUUGAGGUGGUUAAGAUUAAAAGUCCUUAUCAUGCUUUAUUUGGACGGCCAGCUUAUGCCAAAUUCAUGGCUCACCCUUGUUACGUGUAUCUGCAACUUAAGAUGUUAGGGCCACAGGGGACAAUCACAGUUCAUGGAAAUCGCAAACUCGCCUUGGAGUGCGAGGAAGGAGACACAGCUUACGCAGAGUCGGCUUGUGCCGCAGAGGAGGUCAAGUAUUAUAAAAAUAAUGUUGACCCGGCUGAUAUGACCCCUCUGAAGAAGCCCACCACAGAGACAGAACCGCCACUUAAAUUUAAAUCGGCAAAGGAUACACAGCAAGUUGACUUUAUUCCUGGUGAUUCUUCUCAACAGUUCACCCUUGGGACAGGGAUGGGUCCCAAAUAG